GAGUAAUAUGGCCGCUGCCCAGUGAAUGCUGCCGGUGCCUGGCAGUAGCUAGUCUCGUGAGCAGUUAGGCGGCCCGGGUCGGGUGAGGAGAAGCUGGCAGCGCGCGGCGGCGGGUUCUGAGGCAGCGCGCGGCGACUGAGCGAGGCAGACGGCCCGGAGUGGUUGUGGUCCAUGAGACGGCGCCGGGGGCAGCAAGGAGCCGCAGACUCCCCUGUCCCUGGUGCUGCGCCGGCAGCCGCGGGCUAAGGAGUCGCGAGGCUCCGGAGCGCACCCCGAGCUUCCAGUAUGAAUCCCGAGAAAGACUUCGCGCCGCUCACGCCCAACAUCGUGCGUGCCCUCAAUGACAAGCUGUACGAAAAGCGGAAGGUGGCAGCUCUGGAGAUUGAGAAGCUGGUGCGGGAGUUCGUGGCCCAGAACAACACCGUUCAAAUCAAGCAUGUGAUCCAGACCCUGUCUCAGGAGUUCGCCCUGUCCCAGCACCCCCACAGCCGGAAAGGGGGCCUCAUCGGCCUGGCUGCCUGCUCCAUCGCUCUGGGAAAGGACUCGGGGCUCUACCUGAAGGAGCUGAUCGAGCCUGUGCUGACAUGCUUCAAUGAUGCAGACAGCAGGCUGCGCUAUUAUGCCUGCGAGGCCCUCUACAACAUCGUCAAGGUGGCCCGCGGUGCCGUGCUGCCCCACUUCAAUGUGCUCUUUGAUGGGCUGAGUAAGUUGGCUGCUGACCCAGACCCCAAUGUGAAAAGUGGAUCUGAGCUCCUAGACCGCCUUUUGAAGGACAUUGUGACUGAGAGCAACAAGUUCGACCUGGUGGGCUUCAUCCCCUUGUUGCGGGAGAGGAUUUAUUCAAACAACCAGUACGCCCGGCAGUUCAUCAUCUCCUGGAUCCUGGUUCUGGAGUCUGUGCCAGACAUUAACCUGCUUGAUUACCUGCCAGAGAUCCUGGAUGGACUCUUCCAGAUUCUGGGUGACAAUGGCAAGGAGAUUCGGAAAAUGUGUGAGGUGGUUCUUGGAGAAUUUUUGAAAGAAAUUAAGAAAAACCCUUCCAGUGUUAAGUUUGCUGAGAUGGCCAACAUAUUGGUGAUCCACUGCCAGACCACAGAUGACCUCAUCCAGCUGACCGCCAUGUGCUGGAUGCGGGAGUUCAUCCAGCUGGCCGGCCGGGUAAUGCUGCCCUACUCCUCUGGGAUCCUAACUGCUGUCUUGCCCUGCCUGGCCUACGAUGACCGCAAAAAAAGCAUUAAGGAGGUGGCUAAUGUGUGCAACCAGAGUCUGAUGAAGCUGGUCACUCCCGAGGACGAUGAGCCAGAUGAGCCGAAACCAGCAGUACAAAGGCAGACAGAACCCAACCCUGAGGACUCCCUGGCAAAGCAGGAGGGGACGGCCAGUGGAGGUCCAGAUAGUUCCUGCAACUCCAGCUUCAGUAGCAGCAUCAGUGUCUUCCCUUCAGCCAGCACUGACAGGGCCCCAGUAACCCUCCACCUUGACGGAAUCGUGCAGGUUCUGAACUGCCACCUGAGUGACAUGUCCAUUGGGAUGAUGACCAGGAUUGCUGUUCUUAAGUGGCUCUACCAUCUUUACAUCAAGACCCCCCGCAAGAUGUUUCGACACACGGACAGCCUCUUCCCCAUCCUACUUCAGACGUUAUCGGAUGAGUCUGAUGAGGUUGUCCUGAAGGAUCUGGAGGUGUUGGCAGAAAUUGCUUCCUCCCCUGCAGGCCAGACAGAUGACCCAGGCCAACCCGAUGGCCCUGACAGCCAGGUCAACCACUCAGAGCUUCAGGUGCCCACCUCCAACAGAAUCAGCCUGCUAAAUACUCCCAGUACCAAAGGCUUAGAAUGUUCUCCUUCCACUCCCACCAUGAACUCCUACUUUUAUAAGUUCAUGAUCAACCUUCUCCAGAGGUUCAGCAGCGAACGGAAGCUCUUGGAGGUCAGAGGCCCUUUCAUCAUCAGGCAGCUCUGUCUCCUGCUGAACGCAGAGAACAUAUUCCACUCAAUGGCGGACAUCCUGCUCCGGGAGGAGGAUCUCAAGUUCGCCUCCACCAUGGUGCACACCCUCAACACCAUCCUGCUCACCUCCACUGAGCUCUUCCAGCUGAGAAAUCAGCUCAAGGACCUGAAGACUCUGCUCUCUCCCCAGGAGAGCCAGAACCUCUUCUGCUGCCUGUACCGCUCCUGGUGCCACAACCCAGUCACCACCGUGUCCCUCUGCUUCCUUACCCAGAACUACCGGCACGCCUACGACCUCAUCCAGAAGUUUGGGGACCUGGAGGUCACAGUGGACUUCCUCACAGAGGUGGACAAACUGGUGCAGCUGAUCGAGUGCCCCAUCUUCACGUAUCUGCGCCUCCAACUGCUGGACGUGAAGAACAACCCGUACCUGAUCAAGGCCCUGUACGGCCUGCUCAUGCUGCUGCCCCAGAGCAGCGCCUUCCAGUUGCUCUCUCAUCGGCUCCAGUGUGUGCCUAACCCUGAGCUGCUGCAGACCGAACACAGUCUGAAGACGGCCCCCAAGUCCCAGAAAUGCGACUCGCCCAGCAUCGACUACGCAGAGCUACUGCAGCACUUUGAGAGGGUCCAGAACCAGCAUCUGGAAGUGAGGCACCAACGGAGCGCGCGUGGGGACCACCUGGACCGGAGGGUUGUCCUCUGACACACCUGGCAUGGAGAAGGGCUCAACCAACCAGGGGCCCAUGAAGCACUCAGGAUCUUCAGGACACGCUCCCAAGGAGCCUGAGGACCUGCCUCUCAGGAGCAGGGCUGGGCCUGACCACCAGCCCAAGGCAGGGAGGGGAUGAGGCUGCCGUAUCCCCCAGCUCCUCUCACAGUGCUGUCAUCUGCACACCGGCUUCAGACAGCUGGCUUCUCGCCAGAGGAGAGCCGCAGCCUCAGAAACCAUCCAUCCUCUGGAAUCAGUCUCAAAAUUUCUUAUACCCCCUUAUGAAAAGAGCUUGACCUCAGCCCGAGAGCUUUGGUCUUGUGUGCCUAUGUGUAUACAUACAUGAACGUGUGUGUGCGUGUAUAUACCCGUGUGCACACAGGGGUCAGCACAAAGGUCUCUACUGUAUGCUGUGCACCCUCCCACCCCCACCCCAAUAAA